CACGAGAGACGUGAAGAAGAGGCUGCUACGGCAGGAAGCAUCGAGAAAAGUUCAAUAUUAAAGGUGGUAUCGUCCCUGACCUUGGCAGCACAGCUGAUUCUCAUCCUCUGCCCCGCAAAGCCUCUGUCCCUUCCAGGCCACAUCUGGAAAGAACAGCCUGUUCCCACCGUUUCUCUUUGUGUCCGGCAGAGAGCGCUGUUCGUCCAAACGCUAUUGAGUGCGCGUGACCCCACGUGACGGCCGCCGACCACGUGAGCUGAUCAUUAUGGGAUGCCUGCUGCUGCUGCCGGGACCUCCCGGCGGGGCGGUGCCAGCAGGAAGUCGUCAGGUGAGGAAGGCUCUUUCGUGAUUCGUUUCCUGAUAAAGAGCAAUGACAUUUACACGAACGCCGCCAGUGACUGACUUCUAAACAUUUGAGGGCCUAACAUGUCUUUAUCCUGCUGACUCAAGGCCACGUUUCCCUUCGUAAGCAUCUUGUUGAUGUGGAUUUCAGUGCCAGUGCCGUCUGUCAGACCCACGGUUCACGUGACGUCCCUCAUCGUCACUACAACUCUUUACGUCUGUGGCUGAGGAGCACCGUAACUCAGCCGGUGUCUUGGCUUUUCUCUUGACUGACUGCAGUGUUGUGUCUGACGCUGUGAGGUGACGGACAUGUCUUGUUAGGAAACAAUCACAGCUCCUGUUUGCUAUAACUGAGUCGGUUCUCCGCUCAUACAGCGUGUGGUUAAUACACUGGAGGACAACGCCGGAUGACGAGAUGAAAGGAUCCUGUUUGAAAUGAGCCAGAGGUACGUGAGGUCGCUGAAAAGGACGGCCUUUGUUUUGAAGCACAUGAUCCCCAGAUACUGAGGGUGUCCUGACAGGGUUGUUUUGUUUUGGGCCCAACUCCGGUGUUUCAAAGAAAUGACAAUUCAGUAGGCAGAAGCAGUCGGUGCAGUCGCCUCCAUGAUAGUAAUGGAACAUUUUGGGCCAUCAUGCCGCGCUGAUUAGACUCUCAGUACGACCUUCAGACACAGAGGUCGCUCCAUAUUUGUAUGACUCCCGGUCCUGGAACCAGACCUUUAGCCUCGUGUCAAACAGUGACACACUGAGACAAACACGUCUGCUAUCACUGCCACACCGGUUUGGGGAGACACUCGGGUAUUGACAGAUUGGCCAAGUUUCAUUUUGCGUAAGAUUGUUCACUGGACAGUUAGGGCUGUUUGUUUGGGCAGACAACAUUAUAUCACACGGUUUUAUACAUAUAUAUACAGUAUAUGUUGAGAGAAGUACUUGUCGCCUCAUAGAAUGAGUUGAGUCGAUGUUAGAAUUUCAUUUCGAAAAUUUUUUUUAAACACUUCUUGUUUGUUUUGUUUGUUAAAAGAUUUUAAAAAGAAGUAGUUGUACAACCCAGUAAAAGAUCUGAUCAAAGCAGCGAUGAGAUGGAAUUGUUGUUGUUACAAUAAUCCUGAAGUAAGGUCACAGGCUCAGUCCCUUCUUGAGUCAACGCUGGGUUUUGACUGAACCUGUGUCUGCACAUGCUCUUGUGUGGGAUUCCCCCGGACACUCCAGUUUCCUCCCACAGUCCAAGAAUGUACUCUGGUCACUUAGUUACUUGAAAUUGAUAUGAAGCGCCAGUGUUUUUUUGUGUGGGGCUUCCUGCUCAGAUAAUAAAACAUUGAAGAAUUUCUUGAACAUUCUGUAAUACAGAGGACAAAAAUCAUGAAUUAAUCAAUUAAUCAACUCCCCCCCCCCCCCAUAACACACAUCAUGUCUGUACUAAAAUCUUCACCACUUGCAAAAGUCAUCUUUUUAAUGUACUUGUUUUUUCAGAUGUUUCAUGAAUAAAUCUCAAACCAAAUGGUCAAAGACUGAAAUAAGACUAUUGAUAGUGAUUUUGCUGAUCUGGUGAUAGACUCCAGAGACAUCGUGUCCCAUUAAACUCUGAACCUAAUUUUAAGUCAGGAGUUGUUGUGGAGAGCCAUCUAAAGUGAAGUGUAUUUAAUUUCAUUGACGAUUUUAGGCUGUUCUUCCCUUGCUCUGUUUGAGUAGACCUCGGCCCUUUGACUGCGAUUAAAACCUAAAACCCUUCUUUAGAAAUGUUCCCAACAAUGGACACAUUUAUCUUGUGCUUUAUAUAUGUUUCAAUUUAAAAUGUCACUUUUCCAUUUGCAUUUGCUCUUUUGACACUAUUUUUCAUUGUAGCUUGAGUUUAUUUUGUUUUUGUUAAGGCUUAUUAAGCAGAUUAGGACAAACACAAAAUCACGCAGAGAUCAAGAGAAAAAAAAAACGUACCAAAUCUUCUAUCAUACUGCCAUACAAUGUACUUCCUGUUUCCCAGAGUUGCAUCGUUCAUGUUCAUGGGGCCAUUAAUCAUUAAGUAGGCCGGCAAUCCACUUGAGAUGAGCAAGUGAUUGUUCACCCUGAGCAGUCCAUCGCCUUAACCACUCGGCCUCCUCGUUACCCCUCGCUAAAGUCAGUGAUGGUGCCACUCAUGUGGAGGAGCAGUGGCUCCGCUUUGAGUCCACCCCAGACGGCCGAGCUUCUGUUUUCAUAAACGAUGAUGUCGGUGCUCGCCUUCACUUCGUCUGGGCCCUUUAGCUUACUGCGACCUGUGUUAUUUUAAAAAUGGUCACUUCCCAUACCGGGAGUCGAACCCGGGCCACCUGGGUGAAAACCAGGAAUCCUGACCGCUAGACCAUAUGGGACACUGCUCAUGAGUCCGCAUGCCUGUUGUUGUGAUGGAUCCAGUUAUUAAAAAAUAGACACAUGCAAACAACAAUCAAGUGGUUCAACGAGGAAAUGGUUAUGCGUCAGCACUGCUGGAAUAAACUUGAAUGUCAACCACAGUAAUAACAAUUGAAAUAUUGAAUAAAGUCCAAUAAUUAACUUCCUUGUUUCUUCUAAUUACAGCAUUGUUUCAAUCGACUAUUUAAUGAGUUAUCGAAUAAUCUAAAAACAAGAAUAUUUAAUACCAUUAUAGUUAGUACAAGAGUCAUCUCUAUCUAAAUAUCUGAAAUCUAAGUCCUCAGAUGUGAAUGCGCUCGCGACACAGUAGUACUAAUAUGAGCAAGUUUCCUUGGUGGGGUUUGGAUGUGAACAUCCUUUUACAGCAGUAUUGUCAACAAGAAAAACGCAACCAAUUUCCAAAUGAUUUCCCUGCAUGUAUUUAACUGUAACAAAUGAAAUAAACAUCAAAGCAGGGAACAAAGGCACUGAGCUCCAUUGGCCCGAGCUACUGUCACACAGAGGGCACCUGAAGAAGAGGCCGCAUGGCAGAGAAGGAGUGAGAAGCCCUCACGUUAAACCUGAUGUAUUACAGUGAUUCACUUGUAUGUGGUGUGCUGAAAGGUCAGAAUGUCCAGUUUGUGGCUGUGUGAACAAACCUACAGAACACCACCAAAAUCAAGGCCCAUUUCCAAUCAGAACGUUUAGAGGUUUCAUUCCAAUACAGCCAUUGUUUUUCGAGUUAUUCCUCAAACAGAGCGAACCUCAUAACAAAGGCAUUCAGCUCAUGAAGUUGGAAGCUUGCCAGCUUACGGUUGCCACGUCAUUGACAGAGGAAUUUUGUGGUUGCACUUGUCGUCCGUGGUGGUGUUGUGUAACUUUGUGUGAAAUGAGAGUUAGAAAAGAAAGAACUCUUUUUUUCCUUCAUCAAGAGUUGCUCGUCGUGGUGCCACUAAAUGUAAAUGUAAAUAUUGACAACAGUGUGAAACACAUUUUUGUGUGCGCGUGUGUGUGCGCGUGCGCGUGUGUCCAACCCACUCCUGCUCAGUAGAAAUGCAGUGGAGCCGAUCCUGCCUUCCACCUCUACCUCCCCACCAACACACGCUCACGUCGCAGCGGUCUCGCUCUCAGGGGAAACUCUGCUCACUGGUGAGUCCACUCUCUUUCUCUCUGUUGUGAUUCUGCUCUCGUCCGUUCCAUUCAUCACCUCUUAUCUUCCUAUUGGGGAAGCAGACUCAUCUGUUCACUGAGCAAGAACCUGCUGCUUGAUUCAUAAAUGCAGCCAUAAUCAAAUCAUCCGUUUUAUUUGUUGAACCAGGGGAUGAAUUAAAGAUCAAUCUCCUGUUUUUUGUUGCUGCAGAAGAGCGAGCGGGUGCUCAUUAAUCUGUGAAGGAGGGGAGCUGUGUUUGAACUGGUCCUGCUGGGACUUUGUUUAAGAAACUUAAAAGCGGAUGGUUUCUCUUCCUGAGUGUCCAGAAGCAGUCGGGUAAAGACCAAUUACAAGUCACAAUAAGUGACAUUAGCAACCUGACUCAAGUAGAGCUCGUGAUCAUGGAGGUGACUGAAGUGAGGGGUCGUGAUGGGCCCACUCUGGACCUCCUCUCCAUCACCUCCUUCAAGCCAGCUCUGCCUCACUGGUGGGCCUCACUCUGCACACAGUUCAUGCUCGUGCUGUGAAGAGUGCAGUUCCAGGACUGGUCCGUGCUCUUUUACACUUCUGUAAGUGAAGGAGCGCGUGUGAGGAACACUGAGGGAUCCUGAUCCCUGCUCAUUUCUACGCUGAAGAAGAGGCAAAGUACUCAUGUAUUAGGAGCAGGUGACGUGAAUGACGUGACUCAGAUAUUCAGCACUAAAAUGGUUUGUCGUCAACUUCAUGCUUCUCUAGGUGGAGCUGUUAAUGUGUUUGUAGCUGAGCUGCCGCUGACCUCCAGUCAGUCAGUGGUUCACGUCCAGCCGCUGCUUUCAAAAAGUUUUGGAGGCGGAGUCUUGUCUUGUGUGUUUUCAAACCUGCGCAGCCGUUAACUCUGCCGGACGCUUCCUGAGAUACGAGUGAGCCAGCGACGCCACCGAGUCACGUUGGUUGAUAAGCAGCCAGAGAGGGGGUGUGUGUGUGUGUGUGUGUGUGUGUGUGUGUGUGUGUGUGUGUGUGUGUGUGUGUGUGUGUGUGUGUGUGUGUGUGUGUGUGUGUGUGUGUGUGUGUGUGUGUGUGUGUGUGUGUGUGUGUGUGUGUGUGUGUGUGUGUGUGUGUGUGUGUGUGUGUGUGUGUGUGUGUGUACGGACACUCCUCUGAUGUUGUUCAUGCUUGACCCUACAUGUGGGUCAACUCCAUAUUUCUAGUGGUUGUGUUUGUGGCUUUUCACAUUAGAGGUUAUGCGUCUGGGUGUUUGGUUGUUUUCCGAUGGUGUGUGUGUGUACCUGGUUGAUCCUCAUUUGUAGGGACCAAGUUGAGCCUCAAUUCGAGGAUGGAGACUUUAAAAUAAUUGGGUCAUUGUGAUGAGGUUAAAGUUUGGUUCAGAGUCCUGGUGAAGUUUAGCCCUUUGUUUUGGAUGGCUAAGUUAAGGGUGAGAGGCUGGGGAAAGGCUUGUGUAAAUGAGCAGACCCCACAGAGAUACUAUACAUGUGCAGUGUUUACUCCCUGCUGUAGACACUUUUAUUAUCAACACACACAUAUAUACUUGUACCGGUGUACAUGUGGGGACCUCUCAUUGCCAGGACCCUUUCCCCAGCCUCUCACCCUAGAUCUAACCAUCCAAAACAAAUGGCUAUACUUAACCAGGACUCUAAACCAAACUGUAACUUCAUUUUAUAACCCUGAAAUUCAGGCAUAACACACACACGCACUCACAUCUUCCUACACAUCCCUCACAUGUAUUCAGCGUUGUCUCAUGUGUCUUUUGUUGCAUGAAAUGACAUAAUGAAGCUCAGCUAAACGACCCAGACGCACCAGAACCCGAGCAGAACCUGACACACUGGACUGAGGAGGCGCUCUUAAGAGAAGGGAACCUGAGGAGGAAACGGAGCCUUCACUUCUUUGCUCCUGAAACUCGAGCCACUGAGUUCAGAGCCCGAGGAGCUGACCGGUGUCUCUGCUGACCGGACCACGGAUCAAGAUGUUGGCCAAAAUCCUGGAGGAGAUGUGGGUGGAGCCGGCGCUGCUGGAGGCUCUGAGCGAGGAGCAGAAGAGAAUCCUCUUCCUGAAGAUGAGAGAGGAGCAGGUGCGGCGCUGGAGAGAGAGGGAGCAGAGAGAAGGGCCGGACGUCUGCAGCAGACCCAGGAAAGAGGCCAGGAAACACGUGAGCUGGCUCCUGGGUGGAGAUGGUGAGGUCAGCGUCAGCGUGAUCGGAGAGCUGGACGAGCUGCAGGCCGCCCGGCCGCUGCAGAGACACGCUCACAGCAGGUGUCACUCUGACAAAGGAACCGUUGCACCUCCUACACAGCAGAGAGACCGGAGCCGGCGCAUGGCGCUGGCCCUGACCUCUGUGUCACAGGUGGAUGACCCGGGCGAGGACAGCGACAGCGAAUCCGGCAGCAGCUCGGACAACCUCGGCGACUGGCCUCCUCUCCACAGGCCCCGUCUUAGUCACCAUGGCAACACGGCGCCGCUCAAAGCUCCUCUGUCAGAGGCAGAGCUGGUCGGCUCCGAGGACAGAGGUGAGGGAAGGAGAGGAGUUCAGAACACCUGCCGGGACAAUCGACGUCUUGCUCUGUUCAGAGAGAAUCCGCUAAUGGAACCGUCAGCUGUCAACAGAUUGAUGCAGAGGUAUUUCACUAAGAUGACUGACCCGUAUUUGACCAAUGUUUCCCCCAAACAUCCUCUCCUUUAGAUGACACACUGUUGGAUUUCUAAUGCAGCAACAGCAGAAUGUUAGACAGACGGAACAGGAAAACCCGUCCCGUCUGUGCCUGCUGUGUCGUUCAGAAGCCGCUGGCCUGCAGAGGAGCAAUGUGUGGCUCAGCUGAGGAGGGCCUUCACCACUGACCCUCGCUCGCUCCCCUCCUCCACCUCCGCUCCCUCCGCUGGCCGGACCCGUCAGACCUGCUCAUCCACUAGCCCCGCCCCCUCCCAAGCUCCCCACUUCAGCCCCAAACAGAGCUGCCCGACUGAAUUCCAAAUGAAAACCUGCAGGCCACUCAUCCUGUUUAUGUACAGACUGUAUUUUAAUACUUUGAUUUGAAUGCAUGUUCCACUGCAUCCACUGUGAAAUAAAGAUUUUUAAUAUGA